GGCGGAGCCAGCCGCGGAGGAGGAAAGGAGGAGGAGCGGGUGAGAGGUCGGCCAGCUCCGGUCGCCCAUAGAGACGGAGGAGUCCCGAGUGGCGAGGAGGGCGGAGGCGUGUGGGGGGCGCCGAGAAGGGACCCGCGGACGGGAAACAGGGUGUCAAGUCAAACUUACAUGAACCAGGAUCUAUGCCGCAUAUCCACCGCUGAGGGAGUGCAGACAGCAUCGCCUAGUAGCCUUGGCGGUUUUGCUCAUACACACCUUUUCAUGGCAAGGAGGAAUAGAAAGAUUUGCCAAAGGCCAAAUACACUAUUCGUGACGGAAAAAGGAUUGGAAGCUAGAUUACCUAAUAUUUGGUGCUUUAAAAGCCAGCGUGUCCCUGUUCUUUGAAGCAAAGCAACCCAUUGUGUUUUCUUAACAGUGUUUGGAAGAGUUCACCGAGAAUGUCUAGCAAAACGUCUGGCACCACAAACAACAUAGCUCAAGCAAGAAGAACUGUUCAGCAGUUGAGAAUAGAAGCAUCUAUAGAAAGGAUAAAGGUGUCGAAGGCAUCAGCAGAUCUAAUGUGCUAUUGCGAGGAACAUGCCAGGAAGGAUCCUUUACUAAUGGGCAUACCUGCUUCAGAAAAUCCCUUCAAGGAUAAAAAAACCUGCAUUAUUCUAUAGGCAAAGCAGCAAAAUGCCUUCAAAACCUCCCCCUGCAAAACCAACCUAGCCAAUUCUUAGAGAAGUAACCUGAGGGUCACCUGGUAGCCAUUGCAUAAAACAGCAACUUAUUUCCACCUUGUGUAUGAAUGAACUUUUAAGUUUCCUUGAAUGUUUGUUUUUCCCAUCCUUAAUGCCAGGCACACGGUUCUAAAAGUUACUUCUUGCAAAAAUGGAAGGGUUCUACAAAUGUUGUUAGGCAUGGAUUCUGUUGGCUUUGCUGGGCUGGGCUGGGCUGGGCUGGGUUGGGCUUGAUUUUAAAAUGUAGUGAGUGUUCACAGAUCCAAGGAUUGAACUAUCAAGACCAAAGUUGCCUGAGCUUCAUUUACAGAGUAGUGAGGUAGACAAGCGUAGAGUGCUAAUCAAGCUUUUUUUUUUUUUUGCAUUUGAUUUGAUACCAGUGUGUACCUUGUAUAUGUAAAUGGAGUCUAGAUCUAGGGUGUAUGCAUAUGUUCGUUUAGAUGUAUAGACACAUUCCAAAGUGCAUUCUUUUAAGCGCACUCUUCAGACUUCAUUGCUGCGUUUAUUGAUAGGAUUUCUGCACUUCAUGCUUUCACUAUUUAGUAUAUCUUAAGCUUUCGACAAUGUCUUAAAAACCUACACAUUUGUACAUACUAUAAAUUCUGGUUCUCAGCAUAGCUUUGAAAAGUGACGUCUAUUGCCUUUAAGCUAUCUUUUAUUUCCACUGAAAUGUAGACUACACUAAAUUCAGAUUGAUUGUGAUAAUGGUGUCUAAAAAUUUCUCCUCCCUUUCUUUUUGUCUUUAAGAGGAAUUCUGUCCUUUCCUUUCCUACACAAUUUCUAAUGGAACUGAUUUUUGGAAGCUUUCAGGCUUUUUUCAGUUUGAUCCACAAAUUUACAUUUCAUAAAUGUCAAGCAAUCACUAAAUAGGAAGAGAGACUCUGAGUGAAAUCUAUGGUGCUACUGCUUCUGCACAAGACCUAUUAAAAUCAAUGGUUGUGCUAAAUGAAUGCUUGAAGGAUUAUAGCAAUUCUCAGCAGCAGCUAAUCCCUUGUAUAUGUUAACAUU